AUGGAUAGACCUUCGAACCUUCAAUUGUUUUUACAUCUCGAACCUCCAGCUUCAUUAGAUUCUUUGACGGUGGCUCAAAGGACUAACCCUCAAUUACAUCAUUCGAUCUUAAGAUUAGCACAACUCUAUGCUCAGUUUAAGAUUGUAGGAUCAAAUGCAAGAUGUAUAGCAAUGUUAGAAGCUUUUAAAGAGGUGAUUCGAUCUUAUGUACCACCACCUGGUACAUCACUCUCAAGACAUUUGCUUUCUCAUCUUUCACCUCAAAUCUCUCAUCUUGUUCACGCUAGACCUUUAUCGGUCAGUAUGGGAAAUGCCAUUCGACACUUGAAAGGAGUCAUCAGUCGGAUCGAUGUAGAUGUACCAGAUGAAAAAGCCAAAUCCAUGAUAUACGAUCGGAUUGAUCUUUUCAUUCGUGAUCGAAUCAUCGUGGCUGAUAAAGUCAUCCAAUCACACGCCAUUCAAAAAAUCAAAGAUGGUGACGUGAUCAUGACAUAUGCAAAUUCAUCUGUAAUCCAAGGAGUUUUAUUAGAAGCACAUCGACAAGGAAUCUCAUUUAAAGUGAUCAUAGUCGAUUCAAGACCCGUAUACGAAGGCAAAAACUUAUUAAAAUUAUUAAUCAAAUCUGGGAUUGAUUGUACUUAUGUUUUGAUUAAUUCGAUUGGUUCGAUUCUACGUACAGUGAAUUUACUUUUAUUAGGUACACAUGCUUUAUUAGGUAAUGGUGCUAUGUAUGGUAGAGCGGGUACAGCUAUUGUGGCUAUGAUGUGUAAGAAUUCAGGCAUUCCUGUGGUGUGUUGUUGUGAGACUUAUAAAUUUAGUGAUCGAGUGAUGUUAGAUAGUAUCGUUAGUAAUGAAAUCAGUACAUCUCAAACUCAUCUUCCACCUACAUCACAUUAUUCAUCAUUUGAUUUUCCAUCAUCAGUACCGCAACCUAAAUCAAUUGACAACCUUGCAGUACAAGACCUUGCUUUGUUAUACGAUGUUUCAAGACCAGAAGAUGUGACGAUGGUGAUCACGGAAGCUGGGAUGAUACCGGUUCAAAGUGUACCUGUUCUUUUAAGAGAUUAUAAACCUCUUUUGGCUGAAUGA